AGGAGUUUGGGGGACUAGUAGGAUGCUGAGUACCUUUCCUCCUCGCCACUGUUCUCCACCCUGCUCUCCAUGACCUGAGAGCACCACCACAGCGGGAGGAACGAAACACCAGAAAGAGAGAGAGGAAGAGGAGGGCAGAAGGCCAGGGAAGGAAGGAAGGAACCCACUUUUUUUUGUUGUUCUUAUUUUGUUUUCCUUUUCCCGAAAUGGCGGCGACGGAGGCCAACGCGGCGCCGGUAGUCCAGGAAGACGGGAAAGCCCCUGAAAGCAAGCCGGCGGAGGCGGAGCAACCGACUAAAAACGCCAACGCAAACUCAGAGACUGUCAACAGCGAGGUUGUGGAUAAAGAUGGCACGGCUGUCAACAGCGAGGUAGUGGAUAACAAAGAGACUGUGAAUAACGACACAGCAGCAGCAGCAGCAGGAGCGACCGAGGAGGCGGAAGCAGCGGACGCAGAAGAGAGCGGCGAGGCAGCGGCUCCUCAGAGCUCAGAAAACGCCUCCUCCGCCGAGCCCAAGACCUCCUUCUUGGACUCCUUCCUCAACAAGAGCGGCCUGGGGAAGGUGAUGGGAGGACGCAAGAAGAAGGAGCAGAGUUCAACGGCCGCCGGAGAAGAGAACGCAGCCGAAGGAGGCGAGAAGGAGGGAGAGAAAGGAGCCGAGGAGGCCGCAGCAGCAGCUGAGGGAGGAGCAGAAGGAGGUGCGGAAGGAGAGGCGGCGAUUGAGAAAGCUCCAGAGAACGGCGAGAAAGAGGAGGAGAAGAAAGCGGAGAAGAGCAAACCUGCAGAGGCCAAAUCCACAGUGCGGGAUCUGAUCAGGAAGCCCGUGGCGAGGAUCUUCUCCCAUCGCAGCACCGAGAAGAAGGAUGGCGCAGAACCCCAGAAACCAGUAAAGGUCCGGUCCAAGUCCCUGGACCGGCUGGAGGACGCCGAAGCACUUAACACCACCGCUGACUCCACCAUCGAGGAGGGAGGAGCAGCAGGAGGCGCAGAGGGUGGCGCGGAGGGAGGCGCAGAAGAAGAACAGAAAGCCUCGUCCUCUUCGGCGACCACCAAGCAUAUGAAGCGCUGGCAUUCCUUCAAGAAGCUCAUGGCUCAGAAGGCGCAUAAGAAGAGCGCCGGAGGAGAGGACGGCAAAGAGGAGGGAGCGGACGGAGAAGGAGGCGGAGACUCCUCCACGUUGGACUCCAAGGAGUCGGGGCAGAAGAGGUGGAAGCUGAAACGUUCCUGGACAUUCCAGGGCCUGAAGAGGGACCCGUCCAUGGUCGGCAUCAGCGGCAAGGCCAAGGGCUCCGACAAAGACUCUGCCGACAAGCCGGAGGACGGAGCGGCAGGAGUGGAGGAGGGCGAGGAGGCCAAGCCGGACGGAGGAGCGGAGGAGGCCAAGGCAGAGGGAGGAGAGGAGAAGGCCGAAGGAGGCGAGGAGGAGAAGGCGGCCGUGGCGGCGGCAGGAGGCGGGACGGUGACGCAACACGCCAACGAGAUCUGGACAUCCUUCAAGAAGCGUGUCAUCCCAAAGUCCAAACGCGCCAACACGGAAUGCGCCCCCAGCGCAGAGGACGACGCAGCGGCGGCUACCGCGUCGGGUGAAGACGGGGCGGCCGAGGAGGGCAAAGACGCCAAGUCAGCCAAGGCCAAGCGGUCACACUUCGGCCGUGCAGUUUCCCUGAAGAACUUCAUCCUGCGGAAGGGCAAGUCCACCAGCGUGGACAUGGGCGAGGGCGCCAAGGAGGAGGAGGAGGAGGCCACGGAGGCGGCAGAGGGAGUAGAAACGGCAGAGGAAGCCGGCGCCGAAGGCGAAGCUGCCAAAGAGGAGAGCAACGACAAAGACGCGGCGGCGGCGACCGAGAAGACGGAGGAGGAGCCGGAGAGCGCGGCGGAGCCGGCCAAGGAGGCGAAGGAGGCGGAGAAGACGCCGGCCGACGCUCCCGUGACCAACGGGGAGAACGGCUGCUCCAACGGCACGGGGGAGGAGCACGCCACACACAAUCACCAGGACGAGGAGAAGACAACGGGGGGCAGCCCCGUGAAGAAGAGCAAGGAGGCGGGAGGGGCGAAAGAGGAGGCCAACGCUAAGAUCAUCAACGCCACGGCGGCUGUGAACAGCGACAAAAAGGCGGGAAACGUGUGAGGCCACACAAAGAGGAUUAGAACUGCCCGGGAUUCGCUGAGCAAGGAGCUCUGAGCCCCGCCCCCCCCUCACCACCCUCACCCUCACCCUCACCCUAACCCCUCCUCCUCCUCCUCCUCCCUGCCCUUCCUCCUCUCUCCCUUCAUCCCUCCUCCCGAAUAAACGGAGUAAUCACGUGUAAACAGAUCACCACGGUGAGAACGAGAGAGAGAGAGAGAGAGAUUGAGAGAAUGAGAAAGAUGCAAUUCAUGUAGAAGAGAAGUGAGAAUUAAUAAUCACUCAGAAAGCAAUAAUUCAAGCCCCUCUUCCUCUUUUCAUCCCCCUCUCCAUGAUCCAUCCAUCCAUCCCUCCGUCCGAUGCAUUUACAUACAAACAUGUACAUCCAGUGUUUUUAUUUUUUCUUUGCUUGUCUGUGAGAUUUUAUAUUGUCUACGAGAGAAAAAGAAAAAUGCAGAAAUGUAAAAAAUGAAAAUCGAGACAUUCCACCCCCUCCCUCCCUUUUCUCCCCCCUCCUCUCCCUCCGCCCGCCGUCCUAUUUUCCCUCCUACUUAACUCUGCUCUCUGUCUCUGCCGACUCCUGAUUGGUGGAUUUAAAGAACAAAAAAAAAAAAAAAAAAGAAGACUGUUAGUUUUAUAUUGACGGCCAUUUUGGUUUGUAGUCCCCCCCCCCUACCCCUUCUUCUCAACCUCCCCCUUCCUCUUCCUCUUCCUCCCUCCUCCCUCAUCCGCCCCCAGUAGAUAUUUGACAGUACAGCAGGAUCAUGUUGCUACAGUAUAUAAACUGCCCUGAGGACUGCCACUUCCCAACCAACACUGCAAUGUCUUCAGCUCUGUGUGUUUAAUGUUUUUAGACUGUUAUAUUGUGUACAUGACUUAAAAAAAAAACAACAAAAAAAAAAGGAAAAAAUCACCAUCAGAUAUUAAAAGUCAAAUGUUUGUUUUUUUUCCUGUUCGGUUUGGAAUUUUUCUCUUUUUUUCUUUCUUGUUUUAUUUUCUAAAAACACAUCUUCUCACUGUUCCUGCAGUCUGAUGAUAUGCUGUAAUUAAAAAAUAAUAAGAAUAAUGAUGAUGAUGUUUUGUUGGUCCAAGUUUUCACAUGUCCGCUAGCAAAUUGUCAAGAAAAAAUAGUACAAUAAAGACUAAAAUCUAACAACUAAA